GCACAUAAUGGUUUUCUUCAUGACUAAGCUUUAACCCUCUUGGCCCCAAGGAGCUUAUAUCACACCAAAUCUUCUUUUAAUUUUAAAUAAAAUAGAAAAGUAGAUUUAUUUAUUUUUUUGGUACAAAAAAAGUAGAAUUACUUGUUACUACCCCACCCCAAUAAUGCCACCUGACUCAAAAGUCAAAAGUUAUACAAUGACCAAAAUACCCUCAAAUAACCCCUUCCCUCUUCCCCUUUAAAUACUACACUCUUCACCUAGUUUCAUCCCUUUUCUCCUUCUAUCUUCCUACCCACCCCCUCUAUAAGAAUUUUUCCGAUCAUGUUGUCCACUAUUCUGUCCUCCGAUGGGCUUUUUUCGAACACCUUCCCUUCUUUUUACGAUGAUUUCACUCAAUGGAAUUACAUCGAACCGACUUCUAUAUUCCCUGAACCAGGGGUAGAAUCGGUAUUUUCACCAAUGCAAUCCCCAAACCCUGAACCGGUAAUUUCACAUGACUCCGGUUCAGGCUCUGACAAAUCUAAACCCGAGUCUCCUAACGAUAGCCCGAAUUUGGCUAUAAACGAGAGAAAACGAAAGCGUAUGAUAUCGAAUCGCGAAUCAGCGAGGCGAUCCCGCAUGCGUAAGCAAACACAUUUGGAGAACUUGAGGAACCAAUCGAACCGGCUUAAACUUGAAAAUCGGGAUUUAACGAACCGGGUUCAGUUGGUAAUCGGUCAUUACCAACUUAUUGAGAGAAACAACGAGAUGCUCCGAGCUGAAUCGCUUUUACUACGACAAAGACUCGAAGGCAUAUGUGACAUCUUAAUCACACGACAACUUCAGCAACAAUUGUACAAUUCCGCCUUUGCAUGGCCGUGCAAUAAUUUAUACGUGGAACAAAGACCACAUAUCAUUAAUCAACCUAUAAUAAAUCAUCAAUAAAACAUGUUUUGCCAGAGGGAGAAUCUUCGAAUCUAUGUUGUUCGAACAUUUUUAAAAUGUUAUCAUAUCUGACGACAUUUUUAAAAUAUCUGAAUAACAUAGUUUUAAAGCACUAUAUACCUCAAACAUGGAUAGAUGGACCAAAAGAGAAUAAUUUCUUUCUCACUCUCUAUCUAUUUCUUGUAAAUUAAAAGAUGUUAAUAGAAUAAAAUCACUAUAGGCUCUAGGAGUUUUGAGGUUGUGGGAAACCAAAUGGUGGUUUUAUUUUUAAGCAAAAAAACCAGUCAUUAUGGUGUGUACUAAAAGACUUUAUGGAUUGUCUAA